GGAAGAGGUGGCAAUCAAGGCGGACGGAGACCACUGCGCUCAUUCCAGUUCUCUGCGGCCGCUGGGGUCCUGUUGCGCUGUCGCCUCCGUCGCCUGGGUCCCCUCGGCCGUGCCUCUCCGCGGGGGCACCCUCCCCCAGCCCGGGCGCAGACACCAUGUACGGGUUCGUGAACCACGCGCUGGAGCUGCUGGUGAUCCGCAACUACGGCCCGGAGGUGUGGGAGGACAUCAAAAAAGAGGCACAAUUAGAUGAAGAAGGACAGUUUCUUGUCAGAAUAAUAUAUGAUGAUUCUAAAACGUAUGAUUUGGUUGCUGCUGCAAGCAAAGUCCUCAAUCUCAACGCUGGAGAAAUCCUCCAAAUGUUUGGGAAGAUGUUUUUUGUCUUUUGUCAAGAAUCUGGUUAUGAUACAAUCUUGCGCGUCCUGGGAUCUAAUGUCAGGGAGUUCCUACAGAACCUCGAUGCUCUGCAUGACCACCUUGCUACUAUCUACCCAGGCAUGCGUGCACCUUCCUUUAGGUGCACUGAUGCAGAUAAGGGCAAAGGACUCAUUCUGCACUACUACUCAGAGAGAGAAGGACUUCAGGAUAUUGUCAUCGGAAUCAUUAAAACAGUAGCUCAACAAAUACAUGGCACUGAAAUCGACAUGAAGGUUAUUCAGCAAAGAAAUGAAGAAUGUGAUCAUACUCAAUUUUUAAUUGAAGAAAAAGAGUCUAAAGAAGAGGAUUUUUAUGAAGAUCUUGACAGAUUUGAAGAAAAUGGUACCCAGGACUCACGCAUCAGCCCCUACACCUUCUGCAAAGCUUUUCCUUUCCACAUAAUAUUUGACCGGGACCUAGUGGUCACUCAGUGUGGCAAUGCCAUAUACAGAGUGCUUCCCCAGCUCCAGCCUGGCACUUGCAGCCUUUUGUCUGUCUUCUCUCUGGUCCGUCCUCAUAUUGACAUUAGUUUCCAUGGGAUCCUUUCACACAUCAAUACGGUUUUCGUAUUGAGAAGCAAGGUAAGCAAGAUAUUGUUUGUGAUGAAUCUGGAUGAUUUGACGAGGAGAGGCCUGUAUCUCAGUGACAUCCCUCUGCACGAUGCCACACGGGACCUCGUUCUUUUGGGAGAACAAUUCAGAGAGGAAUACAAACUGACCCAGGAGCUGGAAAUUCUGACAGACAGGCUGCAGCUCACGUUAAGAGCACUGGAAGAUGAAAAGAAAAAGACAGACACGUUGCUGUACUCCGUCCUUCCUCAAUCUGUUGCCAAUGAGCUGAGACACAAGCGUCCCGUGCCUGCUAAAAGAUAUGACAAUGUGACCAUCCUCUUCAGUGGCAUCGUGGGCUUCAACGCGUUCUGCAGCAAGCAUGCCUCUGGGGAAGGGGCCAUGAAGAUUGUCAACCUCCUCAAUGACCUCUACACCAGAUUUGACACACUGACUGAUUCCAGGAAAAAUCCAUUUGUGUAUAAGGUGGAGACUGUUGGUGACAAGUAUAUGACAGUGAGUGGUUUGCCAGAGCCGUGCAUCCACCAUGCACGAUCCAUUUGCCACCUGGCCUUGGACAUGAUGGAAAUUGCCGGCCAGGUUCAAGUAGAUGGUGAAUCUGUUCAGGUUAGUAAAUUGCCAGAAUGUUUUAUGACAACAGAAAAUUCAGACCCACAGUUCCUCUUGGAGCACAGAGGCCCAGUGUCCAUGAAGGGCAAGAAAGAACCAAUGCAAGUUUGGUUUCUAUCCAGAAAAAAUAUGGGGACAGAGGAAACAAGCCAGGAUGAUAACUGAAUCUUGGACUGCGGGAGGAAGACUGGGAUUAGGUUCCGGUUAUCCCCUAACAUCUGGCAAGCCUAGGAGCAGUUGUUACCGAUGGAUACAAAUUCUCGUUUUGUCCUUUUCAGUGAUCCCAAGCCUAUCUCUUAGGUAUAUCUUUCACUACUCAUUACUCAACUUUCGCUCUGCUUUGGAUUCUUUUCAAGGUUUAAUACAUUAUCUAAAGUUCGGCUUAAAUGUGGGUAAUAUGUGCUUCGUGUGUCUUAAAAUCUACUACAAGCAUUACUCAACCUGGUAAUUUGUAAGUAGUAGACACCCAAAACAUAUUUGUUGAAUUUAGUUAAAUGAAACUGAACAGUAUUUGGCCUUGUGUAUACAGAUCAUGGUUGACCAAAUCUGUCUCAUGCUUCAUAUAUAUGUCUAUGUAUAUUUUAAUGACUAUAACAUAUAACAAACUUUAUAUCAUGAUGGUGUAUAGCAUUAUAGGAAUCAUUUUCUAAAGGAGUGGAUUGUAAGUUUUAGGGAGAAAAAAAAAUGAUUUAUUUUCAGACUCCCAAAGUAAUAAUUAGUAUAUCAUGCUAAGAAAAUAGGGACUAUUUUGAAGUGUGUCAAUUUCCCUUCAGAAAUAUAGAACACACGUGUCUGUUGUUAAAAUAUUUGGUUGCUUAUUCAAAUCAUGUGACAAUUAUAAUUCCUGUAAAAUGCUAUUGUUUGUAUUGUAGCCCUUGUAUUAAAUCUCAUUAACUACACUCAGUGGUCACAGAAAACUGCACUCUUCCCCCGUGAGCUAUUACAUUAGCUUGGGAUCCAGGUUCAGGACUCUAACCACUUCCAAGAAUACAACUGGGACACUCUGUCAAUCAGAGCCAUUCCAGGCCUUUUAUUCUCAGAAAUGAAUUUCUUUUUCUUAGUUCAGAAGGAUGUGAUUCUAUCUGGGGCAUCAUGUUCAGAUAACUUAGUUUAAUUGCGACAUCCAAUGCAUUCCUAUUGGAAUAAUUGGCCUGUUCUUAAAUGUCUCCAUAAUUUAUUAAUAUCUAUCUUUACAAAAUAUAGUGCAAUUACUUUUGUGUAAAAAUGUUUGUCUUUAAAUUUAGUAUUUCAUAUCAACACAUCGAUAUAUGUAUAGACGUUCCAUGUUUAUGUAUAAAAGAAUCUGCAAUAAAUUAUUUUUUCCACUUGUC